AUGCGAAGGGCGCUGCGGCAGGCCCCCCCGGAAAUCGACAUCUUCCGGGCCGCCGCCUCCGGGGACCAGGCCUGGCUGCUGCUCAGCCUGAAGAACUCGCCGUGCCCGGAACAGACCGACAAGCAGGGCCUGAGCUUGCUCCACGUGGCUGCCAUGCACGGUCACCUGAGCAGUCUGAAGCUGCUCCUGGAGUUCGGCGGCGAGGCCGUGGACGUGAACGCCAGCUGCCCCCGCGGUCGGAGGCCCAUACACGUGGCGGUCAGCGAUCGGAGCCGCCCCCACUCCCUCGCCUGCCUCACCUACCUGCUGGAGCACGGCGCCCUGCCCAACGUGUACACUGAGGAGGGGCUCACACCGCUGCACCUGGCUGCCACGGAGGGCCUUCUGCAGUGCGCUGCCGUUCUCGUCCAGCAGGGGGCAGACGUCAGCGCUCAGGACAAUAGGGGCCAAACGGCUCUGGACCUCGCCCGGGUCUGGGGCCACAGAGAGGUUGCUAGGUUCCUUAAGGAUAUUAUCUGGCAGGAAGAGAACCAGAGACAGGUGGAGAGACACAGUGAACUCCUGAAGCUCAGAAACACCCUGGUCAGGAGACACCAGCAAAUACAAGAUGAGGCAAAGGCUGCCAGACAGGUGGUCAGCGAGCGGAGGGUGGAGGAGUGGGCGCGGCUGAAGGGUCUCCCCGCCCCCCCGCCGGCCCCGAACCGCUCCGCCCGCUCCAGGCCCCCGCCGGCCCCGAACCGCUCCGCCCGCCGGCACGCCGCUGAGGGCAACAAGCCCGUCCAGGACCGCAGAAACCAGGCGGGCCCCGGGGGCCGCGGGGGGGGGACGGGGCCCGGCCGACCCGCGUGGAACGUCUCCCCGAACCCCUCCCGGCCCCCGCCGGCCGCCGUCGGCACGGCGCAGACGGUCCGCGUGAGCUGCAGGCCCGAGCGGGGCCCCCCGGGGCCCGACGUGAGGGACAGCGUGACCCUGGAGACGCAGGGCGGCGCCGGGGCCCCGUGCGCGGUGCGGCAGGGCGGGUUCACCUUCGAGCUGCCGGCCCUGCCCUGGGACGCCGUGCGGAGGACCCUCUUCCCCGACGCCUUCCCCUCCCGCCUCGCCUCCCCCCUCAGCUUCCACCCUGUGCGCCUGCAGGACCUGCCCCGCCUGAGCCUGCCCCGCCCCGGGACCUCGCCCUGGACCGAGGUGGCCCUGCACCUGGCCGAAACGCUGCCGCCUGGGCGAUACUGA